GCAGGGAGGGGGCCGCGCGCAGUCCAGGCUGGCAGCAUUGCAAGUCCGGGUUAUAUAUCGCAGUGGCUGCGCCCGGGAGAGCUGGCAGCGCCGCCGCGCACGUGCCUAGGUCCGACGCCCUCCUCGCUUUGCCCAGGGGUUCCUUCUGUCCUGGCUCUGUUCCGUCUCGCCCCGAGGUUCACUACAUCCUCAGAGCCCCAGCCUUUCGCCCAGCGCCUCCAAGCUUUGGACCUCGACGUCUGCAAAACUAGAUGGUCACAGCCAUGAAUGUCUCACAUCAAGUAAAUCAGCUGUUCCAGCCCUGUAACUUCGAGCUGUUCAAGGACAUGAGGCCCUUUUUCGAGGAGUAUUGGGCAACAUCAUUCCCCAUAGCCCUGAUCUACCUGCUUCUCAUCGCUGUGGGGCAGAACUACAUGAAGGAACGCAAGGGCUUCAACCUGCAGGGGCCCCUCAUCCUGUGGUCCUUCUGCCUUGCAAUCUUCAGUAUCCUGGGGGCAGUGAGGAUGUGGGGCAUUAUGGGGACUGUGAUACUUACCGGGGGCCUAAAGCAAACCGUGUGCUUUGUCAACUUCACUGGUAAUUCUACAGUCAAAUUCUGGUCCUGGGUCUUUCUUCUCAGCAAGGUCGUAGAACUCGGAGACACAGCCUUCAUCAUCCUGCGUAAGCGGCCACUCAUCUUUAUUCACUGGUACCACCACAGCACAGUGCUGGUGUACACAAGCUUUGGAUACAAGAACAAAGUGCCUGCAGGAGGCUGGUUUGUCACCAUGAACUUCGGUGUGCAUGCCUUCAUGUACACCUACUACACUCUGAAGGCUGCCAACGUGAAGCCCCCCAAGAUGCUGCCCAUGCUCAUCACCAGCCUGCAGAUCCUGCAGAUGUUUGUAGGAGCCAUCAUCAGCAUCCUCGCGUACAUCUGGAGGCAGGAACAGGGAUGCCACACCACGAUGGAACACUUAUUCUGGUCCUUCAUCUUGUAUAUGACCUAUUUCAUCCUCUUUGCCCACUUCUUCCGCCAGACCUACAUCAAGCCCAAGGUCAAAGCCAAGACCAAGAGCCAGUGAAGGGUUGGAGAGAACAGUGAAGCUCCAGGCUCUCUCUUCUCCAGGGCACCAAGAGGCUGGGCUUAGUUUUGGGAGAAUGAUUAGGUUGCCUUACCUGCAUGGUUUCCCCAGAGGAUGUGUGCCCCAAGGUGGCUGGAAUUUUUGAGACAAGAAGGGUGACCCUGGGAUGGGGGUGUGGUCUGUUACUUUGAUGUUUCUAUUUUUAAUGUGAAGGCCAAGAAGGCCCUGGGAUGGGGGUGGGACGGAGGAGGGUCCCAAGAGCUGAGUGGUUUAAUUUCUAUCCAGAAAUCUUUCUUCUUCUUGCUCUAUUUUUUUAAAUUAAAGAUUUCAACAAAA